UACACAGCUAAAGAGAACAGAACAACAGAGAAGAUGGUGCUUGGUCUGGAUAAACGUGCUAUGUGGGCGGCGGUGCCACUGCUUGGCUUUGCCAUCGGUCACUUCCUGGACAAGAAAGAGACGGAACGCAUGUCACUGUUCCGUGACAAGAGCGCACUGUACGCUCGUCCCGCCGGCAGCGAGGAUAAGCCGCCAUCUUGGUGAUUAGCAUUAAGUUUGCAUAAUAACAACAUAUGCAUACGUUAUAAUUCACAACUUGCUUUUUGUUUCUCUCACUGUCAUUCAAAUAAACUGUAAAAUGGCCAUGUGAAAUGUUGAUCUAUAGAUG